AUGUCAGUCUGGCAAAAAGUUGAUCAUAAUCCCCCAAAUGACCUGUUUUGCACUGCAAAAGAGGAAAUAAGUCACAGUGCUGCAAAUAUGGCAGGUCGGAGGAGCCCAAGGAAAGGAAGCAAAAGCUCUAUAACAGCAAAACCUGUUGAUCCAGAAGGGAGUACUAAACCACUAGUUUUUCGGGUCCAUAAUGGUGCUCCUGCAGUAGUCCGUGAAGUUCUACUGGAACGUGGUUGGAUUGAGUAUGAUGAGCAUGAGCAAGACAAAGAAGACUGGAAUCUGUAUUGGCAAAAUUACCCUUUCCGGAUGACAGACCACAGGAGUAUUAAGCCGUGGCAACGACUCAACCACCACGCAGAAACAAUCAGGAUCACCCGGAAAGAUUAUUUGGCAAGGCACCUGAAACGCAUGAAGGGAAGUUAUGGAACAAACCUUUAUGAGUUCAGUCCAGCUGCAUUCAUCAUGCCGAAUGACUACAUUAAAUUUAUAACAGAAUAUUCCAAGCAGAGGCAGAUUCCUGGCAAAAAGCAGAGCUACUGGAUCUGCAAACCCGUUGACAGAUCUCGUGGAAGAGGAAUACUCAUUUUUCAUGACAUUAAAGACUUUGUCUAUGAUUGCACGGUCAUUGUGCAGAAGUACAUCAGUAAUCCUUUGCUUGUUUCUGGAUAUAAAUGGGAUCUCCGUCUCUAUGUCUGUGUCACAAGUUUUUGUCCCCUCACUAUUUAUAGUUAUGAAGAAGGUUUGGUGAGGUUUGCCACAGAGAAAUUUGACCUUGGGUCCUUGGGCAACAUUUAUGCCCACUUGACCAAUACUAGUAUCAAUAAAUUUGGACCUUCAUACAGGAAGGAUAAAGAUGUCAUUGGCUAUGGAUGCAAAUGGACUUUCAGCCAGUUCCGAGCCUACCUACGUAGCCACAGUGUGGAUGACGUACACCUGUGGCAGAGGAUCAACCACAUCAUCAUACUGACCCUACUUGCCAUCACUCCGUCAGUGCCUCUUACAUUUAACUGCUUUGAACUCUUUGGGUUUGACGUCCUGGUUGAUGACAAAAUGAAACCCUGGCUUCUGGAAGUCAAUCACAGCCCGGGCUUACAUUUAGACUGUGCCACUGAUGCAACUGUGAAGAGAAGGUUACUCCAUGACGUUGUUGACUUGCUGAACUUCAAGGAGAAUGAUCAUUUGAGAAGACAGAAAGGAGCUGGUAGGAGAGUUUCGUGUUUUAGUCGAUCGCAUUCUAUGUUGACUACCCGAGCAGAAGACUCCUUGGAUUUCCUGGCUUGUAGGAAAGGAAGCAAGUCUGCAGCUACUUCCCCAUGCUCAUCUCUCUUGCAUGUAAACAAAGGAGCCCCAAUAUUUGAUAGAAUGGGCAGUGCUUCUCCCAAGAAAACUUUAACCUCUCAGUUGCGCGAAAGGAUGAACACGCCAAAAACACCACUGCAAUCAAAGCCACAAUAUAAAAGCAAAUCGACAUUAAGUUUUAGUCAUUCGGUGUGUGAACCUGUUCCGUCUGCCCACUGGUUCUGUUCACCUGAGCUCUAUAACCAUAAACCAGCUAUCCCUCCAUAUUUUCUCUCAGAGAAAGAUAGGAGACCAUUCCCUCGAGUGGGAGACUUUGUCCUUAUAUUUCCUUUCAAUGAGGCUGCCCUCGAAGCAUCUAGGAAUGGAAUAAAUGUCAAAAGCAUAAUUCAAGAAAUACUAAAAUUAAUGAACAAAGAAUUGCAUUCAGAGCAUCAGAAACUAAAUAAAAGAUUAUUUAAUCUGUAG